AUGCGCCACGGUUCUCAGCCGAUUCCAAUAAUUUUUCGUUCUGCUGAACAAUUAGUCAUAACGGCGUUGUCACUCAUCUACCUCGGCGGUAAAUGUACAUCGUUGAUGUUUUUCAGUUGGAAAACUUCGCAGGCUUCGCGCCGCACCGGUAUUUGUCUGCACAAAUGUGGUGUUGCUGCCGACACAAAUGAAGUUUAUGAAAUUGUCAAUCAUUUGUCGCUGAAGCUCUUCAAUCACGCCGUAAACUUUUCCGCUUGUGGUUUUUUUACACUGGAUAUGGGCACUUUAUAUGCGGUUUGUGGCGCCAUAACUAGUUAUUUGAUUAUACUCAUACAGUUCAAUUUGGCUGGGCAACAAGUGAAGAUCAAAAAAGAAUUGGCUGCUUCAAAUGAAACGGCAUUGAUGGUAUUGGAUGCAGAAAAUUAUACCGUUACGCCAACCGAGUCAACUACGCACUGGGACUAGAAA